CGGAAGUUUGGAACUCUAUAGACUCAAAUCAAAAAUCUUAACAUCGACACUGAAGAAAAACUGUGCGCAGUCAUUGAUUUAAUAUUUAAGGCAGCUGUGGCAGAGGCAAACUCCAGUGUCCCCUGUGCAAACAUGUGCAAGCAGUUGGCAUUGAUUUAUUGGUGAACUCUUUCGCCUUGGAAUGAUAACCGAACCUAUCAUGCAUGAAUUGUAUAAAGAGGCUCAUCUCCCAAGGAGAUGAAGUAUCACUUAAAUGUUUGUGUCAAUUGCUGAAACGAUUAGAUGAUCGAAAAGUUAAAGGCUCAAAAAAAAGUAUGGAAAAUUAUUUCUUACAAAUGCAAAAGAUAGUAGACAAACGUUUAAUUAGCUCUAGGGUCAGGUUCAUGUUGCAAGAUGUUAUAGAUUUAAAUAGGAAUGAUUGGGUUCUACGGAACAUGUACUUCCAAAACAUUGUUCCUCAUUACCGAGAGAGAAGAAAAAAUACUGCUCGAAACAUGAGAGCAACAUGGGGGUGGAUGUCUUCUACAAAAAGUAGUAAAGACAGCGCAACGAUCCCACUGAUGAACAAGCUGCAGGAUUCCUUGUUCCCAGAAUUCCUGUGGCCGAGACGAGACCCAGUCCUUCACAGCGUCCUUGAGUACGUCGUCCAAGUUGAAGCGCUUCUCUUUCACGCGUUUCUUCAGUGAACCAAACACAUGGAAAUCGC